AAUCUGAGCUUGAUUCGCUUAGGCAAGAAAAUGCUAGACUUAUAGCCAAGAUUAGUGGGAUUGAGAGUGAGAAGUUGGAGAUGAAAUGGAUAUUUGAGGCUAGAACCGAUAAGUUACAUAAUACUAUAGCAGAAUUUACAACCAAGAUUGGAAAACUUAAUGCUGAAAUAGUGGAGCUAAAGAAAAAUAAUACCCUUUCAAACAUGAGUGAACAGAAAGUAUCAGAAGAAAUAAGUAAUUGUUUGCUUAAACAAACACUAAUACCAGAUGUACCACCUACCAAUAAACUUGAAUCUAUUAUAGCUCAGCCUGAGCAGUAUAAUCCUAAUGUGGAAGAUACUUUCUUGGACGAGGUAUACAAGAAAAGUGUUAGUGAUGAGAUAAAAGAAGAGGAUGAAAAACAGCCGAAAGGUGCUUCACAUGUGACUGAAAUUUCAGCGAAUAUUGAUCAGCUAAAAUAG